UCCGCUCUCUCCUCCCCCUGCUCGCCAGUGUCUUGGUAUUUCAAAUACCUACCCCCGUUUUUCCCCCAGUCCCUCCGCUUCCGUCUCCUGCCUAUUCAGAAGGGGUCGUGCGUGGGGCAGAAGUGUCGAGGCGAGGCGGUUGUGGCAUCCAGGUAUUAGCCAGCUAGUUUUACCGCCGACCUGUCUAACCCAGUGAUGCGAUUGCGUGGCAGUGGCCUCCGUCAGAUUGUUAAGGCUACCUCGUCAUCGUCCUCCUUCUCGUCGUCUUCGGCUUCGUCCCAGCGCCUCGCCGCUGGAACCAGAUCUGCUGUCUCGGUUGGCCGUUUUUGGGUCCCCUGCCGUACCACCGCAGCGCGUCCUGCCACUGCUAUAUAUUCCACUAUCGCCCCAGCGCACCGCUCGUCCUCAACACUCCGCCCGCCCAUCCCUCCCUUCGGCACAUAUUGCCCACAUCACUUCAGGAUGGCUUCCACUCUGACCCUCCCCAAGCUGCCCAUCUUCGACGCCAUAGCGAGUCAUAACCCGCAAUCCACUGCCGUCGUCCACUGCCUCUCCCGCCGCACAUUCAAGUACGGCGAGAUCCUGCCAGAUGUGUCCCGUGUCCGUGACCGCAUACUUGCCGCCGCAGGCAAGUCGGAUAUCCGAGGGGCGCGGGUGGCGUUCCUGGUAGAGAACAGCUACGACUAUGUUGUCACAUUCCUUGCCGUUCUAGCCGCACACGCUAUCGCCCUACCUUUAUCACCACCUUUUCCAGCACCCGAGCUGCAAUAUAUUCUAUCGCAAUCCCAAGCCUCGCUCUUGUUGCACUCGCCAAAGUACACCGCCAAAGUCGACGAGGUCCUCACUACGCGAUCCCCGGAGCUCGAUGUCCAGCCCUCGCCGACGCCCGUGGAGCUGCCGAAGCACCUCGGCGCCAUCUCGGAGACAUUCGAGUCCGUGACGCUCCUAGAGGAUGACAAUGCCGAGGGCGCCGGCAUGAUGCUUUACACAUCCGGCACGACCAACAGGCCGAAGGGCGUACUGCUGCCCGAGAGUGCACUUACAGCUCAGGCCCGCGCCCUGAUUGAGGCUUGGAAAUACUCACCGUCGGAUCGCCUCCUUCACGUGCUUCCCCUUCAUCACAUCCACGGCACCGUGAACGCCCUCCUGACGCCCCUCUUUGCCGGUAGCAGCAUCGAAUUCCUAUUCCCUUUCAAUGCUGACACCGUGUGGCGUCGUUUUGCCACUCCCUUCUUGGACUCGCCCCAGGUCGCUGCGGCGCCCACCAAGGCCAGCGAUAUUGCUCAGCCUGUUGUCAAGGCAAACGGUGUUUCCCACCCGUUAAAAAUAAACGGCAUCGCUAAGCUUAAUGGCAUCAACGGCUUCGAUGUUCCGAAGCCUCCGGCUGUGAACACCAACGGCUUCCAUGUCCCAGCCCCAGAAUCCAACGGUACCACCACCCCCAUCACAGAGGUGACUGGCGCCUCCACCCCCGCUGUGGAGCUCAACGGCUUCGGCCAGCCUCUCUCUCUGCAGAUCAGCCGUCUAGCGACUGUGAUCAGCCAGCUCUCGGCCGAGGUGAACAAUCUAGCCACUAAAAUCAACCAGCCGGUCGUGCUCGCGAACCCCAUCAAUACCUCCACCGCGCAGCAGACUAACGGCGCCGCGCACGAGCCGGCCAUCACCUCUACCGGCUUCAGCUCGCCCGUCGUGUCGACGAGCGGCGUCAACACCCCGGCUGUGGAGACGGCAGCGGUGGCUACAAAGCUGCCCGAGCCGGCCAAGCCGACCGCCAACCAGGGCAACGAGGACAAGUACAAGAACAUGUCGCGCGUGAAGAUCACUUUCUUUACGGUCGUGCCCACGGUGUACACGCGCCUCCUCUCAACGCACAAGGCGCUGCCGCCGAACGUGGCUGAGGCCGGCCGCGUCGGCAUCAGCCCGGAGCACAUGCGCGUGUCGAUCUCGGGGUCGGCGGCGCUCCCGACGCCCGUGAAGCGAGCGUGGAAGGACCUCAGCCGCGGGAACGUGCUGCUCGAGCGGUACGGCAUGACCGAGGUCGGCAUGGCGCUAUCGUGCGGUCUCGACUUUGGCGACCGCGUCGACGGGAGCGUGGGCUGGCCGCUGCCCGGGGUCGAGGCGCGGCUUGUGGAUACGGAGACGGGGGAAGUGAUCGAGGACGACCUUUCGCCGGCGGGGGAAGGCGAGGGGGAGGCGGAAGGCGGAGCCUCCCCGGACAGCCGCAAGGAGCGCUCGGGCGAGAUCCAGCUGCGCGGGGCAAACGUAUUCCGCGAGUACUGGGCGAACCCGACGGCGACGGCGAAGGAGUUCGUGGCGGCGGAGGACGGGCGGGGGCCGUGGUUCAAGACGGGAGACGUGGCGGUGCGGCGGACGGUGGCGGGGGCGGGGCGGCCGGGGAGCGGGCCGUGGGCGCGGGGGCCGAUGUACUUCAUCCUGGGGCGGCAGAGCGCGGACAUCAUCAAGUCGGGGGGGGAGAAGGUGUCGGCGCUGGAGGUGGAGCGGGAGCUGCUGUCGCUGGAGGAAGUGGCAGAGGCGGCGGUGGUGGCGGUGCCGUCGGGCAAGUGGGGGCAGAAGGUGGGCGCGGUGCUGAUCCACGCGCCGGGGUUCGCGCCGCCCUGGCGGCCGCUCGAGAUGCGGCGCGCGCUCAAGGGCCGCCUCGCCAACUACAAGAUCCCGCAGGUGCUGCGCGUCGUCGACCACAUCCCGCGCAACGCGAUGGGCAAGAUCAACAAGAAGGAGCUGCUGCGCAAGGUGUUCACCGACGACUUCAGCGGCGACGAGAUGUGAUGCGGGAGAAGGUGCGUCGAACUCUUGGGCGGGUGAGUUUUUUUUCUUCUUCUUUUCUCUCUCGCCGCUCGGACGAAGGGAGCUAGCUAGCUAGCUAGCUGAGACGGGGAGUGCGGGGCCCUGGUUGAGGGGAAGACGUGGGGGGAGAGGGACGGAGGGAUGAAUGGAUGGAUGGAUGGAUGUAUAUAAAGGGUAUAUCAGGACGAAGGACCCCGACGCGUGCGGGACGUUGAUUUGACCGGCCUGUCUCGCCUACUACUAUACACUCGACGUUGUCGCGAUGGCAGGCCGCGAGACGAGGAACGAGCGGCCACGGGAGAGCGUGUGUCGAUUUUACAUGGCCUAGGAGGGGCUCGGAAUAGCUGCUGCUGCUACGCUACUACUACUAUACUACUACAACAAUAACAAUUACUAUACUACUACCACUCUCUCCCCUCCCGGCGCCUUCUCCUGCGUUCUCUUUGCGCUACU